AUGGCUCCUGGAAAUGGGUCUUUUGUGACUCAGUUCAUUUUGAUGGGAUUAACAGACCAACCAGAUCUCCAUCUCCCCUUAUUCUUCCUGUUCCUAGGAAUGUAUACAGUCACUGUGACAGGGAAUUUGAAUUUGAUAAUCUUAAUUUUGCUAAAUUCACAUCUACACACCCCCAUGUACUUUUUCCUCUUUAACUUGUCCUUCAUAGAUCUCUGUUAUUCUUCUGUGUUUACACCCAAAAUGCUGAUUAACUUAUCAAAGAAGAAUAUUAUUUCUUACAUGGGGUGCAUGACUCAGCAGUUCUUUUUCUUUCUUUUUUUUUUUUUUGUAAUUUCUGAAAUCUAUGUGCUGAUAUCAAUGGCCUCUGACCGCUAUGUAGCUGUCUGUAACCCACUCUUGCAUAAUGUUGUUAUGUCCCCAAAAGUGUGUUCCAGGCUUAUGUUUGGUUCCUCGCUUGGUUCCUACUUGAUGGCAUUUUCUGGUGCCAUGGCUCACACUGGAUGCAUGCUGAGACUGACCUUCUGUGAUGCCAGUAACAUCAACCAUUAUUUCUGUGACAUCCACCCUCUACUGCAACUCUCCUCCACAAGUACUUUCAUCAAUGAACUUGUAGUUUUCUUCGUGGCAGGCAUCAAUAUAAUUGUGCCCAACAUUGCCAUCUUUGUCUUUUAUGGUCUCAUUUUCUCCAACAUCUUUCAUAUCAGCUCCACGGAAGGCAGGUCCAAAGCCCUAAGCACCUGCAGUUCUCACAUAAUUGCCGUUUCUCUGUUCUUUGGGUCAAUGUCAUUUAUGUAUCUCAAACCAUCUUCUGCUGGGUCUAUGGAUGAUAGAAGAAUUUCUUCUGUCUUUUGCACUAAUGUGGUUGCUAUGAUGAACCCGUUAAUCUACAGCUUUAGAAAUAAAGAUGUGAAAACAGCUCUGAGAAAAACUGUAGAUGGAAUUCAGUUUUGA